AUUUUCCUUGGAAGGACUUUUUUCUUCUCAGACUCCAUUAUUAGAAAAAGAAAGAGAGCAAUCAAUGAUUGUCAAUUCAACAGUCACUCCCAAACCCUAGAUUCCUAGUCUCGAAGACCAUCUAUUUACGGUACGGAAUUCUGUACAGGAGCCCUAUAUAUUUUGCUCAAGCUCGUCGAUUCUUGCACCGUGUCUGAAAGACGAAAAUUUUCCGUCUAGGAUUCGAUUCCGAAAGCUAUUGGGCUGCUUUGAAAUGGGAAGCAAAAGGGAAGAAGAGAGAAAUGAGAGGAUUAUACGCGGUCUCAUGAAGCUCCCGCCCAAUCGGAGAUGCAUCAACUGCAACAGCUUGGGUCCUCAAUAUGUUUGUACGAAUUUUUGGAGUUUCGUCUGUACGACUUGCAGUGGGAUACAUCGUGAAUUUACUCAUCGUGUGAAGUCUGUCUCCAUGGCGAAGUUUACUUCUCAAGAAGUUGAGGCACUUCAAAACGGUGGUAACCAGCGUGCAAGGGAAAUAUAUCUGAAGGAUUGGGACCUUCAAAUGCAGCGAUUGCCUGACAGCAGUAAUGUUGAUAAAAUACGGGAGUUUAUAAAGAAUGUGUAUGAGGAUAGAAUUUAUGCUGCAGGAAAGACAUCUGACAAACCUCCAAGAGAUAUGCAGAACACGAGACUCAAUGAAGGGGAUACGAGACGGGCCAGUUCAUAUCAUUCUUAUUCUCAGAGUCCGCCUUAUGAUUAUCAAUAUGAAGACCGACGGUAUGGAAAGCAACCUGCUGCCCUGACCAGGAAGCCAGGGUCAGAUCGAGGCCACUAUGAAGGGAAGAUGUCUAGUUUUAUCUACAGUCCUGGUCACUUAAGUGAUAAAGUCUCUGAGGAUAGGUUUGCAAAUGAGGGCUCCAUUUCUAGAGUUUCAGACUACUCUGUGUCUAGUGCAGGGGAUCCAUUCAGAUCUAAUUCAGAGUCUCCUAAUUUUCAAAAAGAUGUUGGAUUUAGCAGCCCACCUGUUCGGCCUUUGAGGAGUACUUUAAGUGAAGUUUGGUUUCACGAGAAAAAUACAUCUUCUGAGGCAAAUGCCAAGAGAGAUGCAGAUGGAAUUCCACGUGCACAGAGAACUGCAUCUUUGGGUAGCUUUGGGUCAAUGGACAGCAACUCCCUGUCUCGCAAUUCGUAUAAUUUGGGUGGUUUAACAGAUUUUGUCUCAGAACCGGAACAAUCUGCUGUAACCUUUGAGAAUAAAGUUUCUACUUUUCCACAAUCAUCUAUUUACAGUCAACAUUCAGGUAGUUUGGAUCUUUUUCAGACACCACUUGUCUCAGAACCAGAGCCUUCUGCAGCUUCAUCCUUUGAUUCAUUGCAAGCACCGGCAGCAUCAGCAGCUCCAUCUCUGGAUUUAUUUCAACCAUCACUGAUAUCUCCGGCUCCAUCUGUGAAUGCAUAUCAACCUCCACAAACUUUCCCUUUGUCAUCCUUGGAUUUAUUUGAGGGCAUUUCUCAGCAGCAGUCAGUGACAAACUUGGAUAAAGAAACGCCACAAUUAUCUGUACCUGAGAAUGGAGGAUGGGCAACAUUUGAUACACCUAAGCCCACUCCAUCUGUUACACAUGCUGGAAAUCCUAAUCCUGAACAUCUUCCUUCUAGUGAUGUUGGUUCAUUGGAAAAGUUUGAUCCCUUUUCCUCCUUGGAUACAAACAUGGAAUGGCCCUCAUUUCAGUUUGAGAGUGUCUAUGGACCUUCGACAAUGUCUAAUCAAUGGCAUGAUAAUUUGCACAAUGUUCAAGCUUCCACUAUAGCAAGCACUCAGGGGUGGAAGGCUUUUGAAGAUACUAAUGGGCAUCUUCCUUUGGAAGGCAAUAAGCAAGGUAGUGAACUACAACUAGAAACGAGUCUUUCAUCAAGUGCUGAUCAGUAUUUCGGUUUAAGAGAAUUAGAGGACUCCAAUAAAGAGGAGAUUCAAAGAGCUGCCUCUCAUGGUGGGUCCAUGGAUCCUAGUGUGCCAUCACAUGUUGCCAUGGGGCCGUUUUAUACUCCUACACUUCCUCUAAUGGGAGAGACACAAUCAUAUGCAAUGGAUCGUAAAUCCACAAACCCAUUUGAUCUUCCUAACGAUUCAGAUAUGGAACAGAGUAAUAUGUUUUUGGACGUGAACUCCUUGCAAGCUGCUCUACCCAGUUCCCAGUUGCCAUCCACCUUUCAUGGUGGUGUAUCUGAACCAUGGUUCCCUCAAAAUCCAGUUAGUUCAUAUAUUUCAGCUGCAGGACAAGGUGGCUUAACAUACAUGGCAGGGCAAGCACCAAACCCUAAUAAAAUAGCGAAUGUCCCAUCACAGGGGCCUGUUGCUUCGAUUGGAGGAAACCCUUUUGCAUAGGAUUAUUUAUAUAUUUUUAAUUACGAUCAGUUUGUAGAAGUUUAUUUUAAAAAAAGUUGUUUAUCUGAUCUUUUUAUGAGCUUGAAUAAUUCGUUUUUAUUCUUUUUUCUAGUCGUCAAACCUUGUGUAUUUACUUUUAACCAAAGUGCAAGGCCGCUAAAUUCUUUGUCGGUCUUCGUGUGUUCAGGCUUCUCCGUAUUUUUUAAACAUUGUUAAAUUUAGCUGCAGAAAUAUAUUUUGAGGUGUGUAUUUCGACUUUUA